ACGCAUACAUUAUAUAGUGGGGCUUUGGUGGUGCAGCGGUCCUCGUGGCCGUCUAGCGCGAUGUGCGCACACCGUCUAAGCGUUAGUCCUCUCAUACGUAUUUUCCGGUUUGGACGCGUGUGUAUCUUUACGUGUUAUUAUUUUUAAAUUUUAUUAUUUUAUUUUACAUAUUAUUUAACAAUAAUAUCUGCGACAAAACGAUAAUAAUUAUGAAUUAAUAAUGAUUAUGAUAAUAUGAUCACCGUGAACAAAAGUCUGUCAGACUCUAGUGCGUGAUCGGUUUCGUCGUAUAUAUAUUAUAUUCUAACGUGAACACGGAUAGCCCAAUAUUUCAACAUGCAAUUUUUGCCAUGGCUGUUAAUAUUUGGGUCAAUUAUUAUAUCUGACGCCGAACAUGAUAUACAAAAACGAGAAUCAUCUAAUCAAAAGAAGGUGGUGUGUUACUACACGAACUGGAGUGUAUACAGGCCAGGGACGGCCAAGUUUUCGCCGCAAAACAUUAACCCGUACUUGUGUACGCAUUUGAUAUACGCGUUCGGCGGUCUGGACAAGGAAAAUGGCCUGCGUCCUUAUGAUAAAUAUCAAGAUAUUGAACAAGGUGGUUACGCCAAAUUUAACGGACUGAAGACUUAUAACAAAAAUCUCAAAACGCUUCUGGCAAUUGGAGGGUGGAAUGAAGGUUCCGCUAGGUUCUCGAAAUUGGUAGACGACGAGGAUAAAAGAAAAGAAUUCGUGAAAAAUGUUAUUAAAUUUCUCAGACAAAAUAAUUUUGAUGGCCUUGACUUGGAUUGGGAGUAUCCAGCCUAUAGGGAUGGUAGUAAGCCCAGUGAUAAAGAAAACUAUGCGUCCUUAGUAAAGGAAUUGCGAGAAGAGUUUAAUAGAGAAUCAUCAAAAACUGGCCGAUCUAGGUUGCUUCUGACCAUGGCAGUUCCAGCUGGUAUCGAGUACAUAGAUAAGGGAUAUGACAUUCCUGAACUAAAUAAGCAUUUGGACUUUAUGAAUUUACUGACAUACGAUUAUCAUUCAUCGUUUGAACCAGCAGUGAAUCACCAUUCUCCCCUCUACCCCUUGGAAGAAGAUUCAGAAUAUAACUUUGACGCAAAACUUAAUAUAGAUCAUACAAUCAAACAUUAUCUUGCUUCUGGAGCCGAUAAAGAAAAACUGGUCCUUGGUAUUCCAACUUACGGUAGAUCGUAUACACUUUUUAAUAGAGAGAGUAAAGACAUAGGAGCUCCAUCAGAUGGUCCUGGGGAAAAAGGAGAAGCCACUAGAGAAAAAGGAUACUUGGCCUACUAUGAGAUUUGUGGAAAUUUGAAAAAAGAUGAUUCCUGGACUAUCGAACAACCAAAACCAAAAGCAAUGGGACCUUAUGCAUACAAAGAUAAUCAAUGGGUUGGAUAUGACGACGAAGAAUUUGUUAAAUUAAAGGCUAAAUAUGUAAAUGAAAACGAUUUGGGAGGUAUAAUGUUUUGGUCAAUUGACAAUGAUGACUUUAGAGGAAGUUGUCAUAGUAGACCAUAUCCACUAAUUGAAGCAGGCAAAGAAGCUCUACUUGGGUAUGUAUCAUACAAAUAUGAUGUAUACAAUUAUUCAUAUGAUAAAAAUAAUAUAUAUUUUAAUUCUAUACAAAUACAUUUUAGUGAUUCGAAAGUAGCACCAAGUCAAGGAAAAGAAACAAAAACUACCUUAUCAAAAUCCCGACCAAAACCAAGACCAGUGGCAAGAACUACUACUACAUCAGCUCCACAAGAAAAGUCUGAUGUGUCUACAACUACUCCAGAACCACCUACUACACCUGAUACCGGAACUGAUUUUACCUGUAAGGAUGAAGGAUUCUUUCCACAUCCACGUGAAUGCAAAAAGUAUUUUUGGUGUUUGGACAGCGGUCCAUCAAAUUUAGGAAUUGUAGCUCAUCAAUUUACAUGUCCUUCUGGAUUAGUGUUCAACAAAAUAUCAGAUUCUUGUGAUUACACUAGAAACGUUGUCUGUAAAGAUAAGAAAACUUCUGAUACAACAACCACAACUACAACAACAACAACAACACCCAAACCAAUUAAAUCUGGGAUAAAAACCACUACUACUACAACUACCACAUCAACAACUCAGACUCCAGAAGUAGAAGAUGACAGUGAAGACGAGUUUGAGGAAGAAGAAGAUCCUAAAGAAAUAAAACAAUUGAUAACUUUGAUUAAGAAAUUAGGUGGUGUGGCAGAGUUAGAAAAACAACUUAAUAUUAAGGAUGGGUCAACUGAAGUAACAACUCCAGCAAUAAGCAAAUCACUUUAUAAUAAAGUUUUAAAAUUACCUCCCAAUAGGUUUCAGUCCUCGUACAUAAAUGGACCUGGUCCCCAAAGUGAAGGGUUGGACAAAAAAGAUGAUAGUAUAGAUUAUAAGAAAGACAAACCUCAAUAUGUCACAAUUAGACGUCAAAGGCCUUCUAAAGAUGUAGUUGAUAACAUCAAAGAAUCAGAAGAAGAGGAUAUUCCUACUGAUGCAACUACUGAAAGAUUCAAGCCAACAUAUAAAACAGUUGAUAGAACCCGAUUCCGUGAUUUAGGAGAAGUAGCUGAUGAAAAUUCUGAAAGUGAUUCAUUGCCCAAGUAUACCACAAUUAGUCGGACUAAAUCAUCAGAAAGUAAUCCCGAAGAAACAACGAGUCCAAAAUAUGUUACUUUGCGUAGACAGAGACCAACUAACAAAGAAGAUGAAAUAAGUGAUGAAGAAAUCACUCCAGUUGCAGUAUCAUCUACAUCACAAGCACCAAGGUAUGUUUCAUUAUUAAGGCAAAGAAGUACAACCACUACUACAACACCCGAUGAUAGAUUGAUUGAAACAACCACGAAAGAUAAUGUUGAAGAACCGAGAGAAAAUAAAAAUACUAAGGUGAGUCAAAUGACUUUAACAACAGAGUCUAGCAUAAUUAGCACCAUCUUAUUCAAUACUGAACCAUUUACCGAGACAAUCGCAACAACCGUAUACGUUCCUACAUUUACUACUGCAAAAAAUAGUGAGACUUCAAAAAUUCUAACAUUAAUUACUGAAAAAAUGAGUGAUACGUCAAGUACAGCCAAAGCCCCAGUGUCAAUUGAUUCAACCAUAAAUAAUAGUAUAAGUACUACAAAAGCACCAACAUCGACUGUCACUAAUGUUGUUACAUCUAUAUAUGAAGCUGCUACAGAAAGGCAAAGAGUUCGUGUAAAAAAUAUUCAAAACUUUUUAUUAGAGCAUAAAAAAACUGAACCAGUUACUCAAUCAGUCACACACACUACAACUCCACUAACUACUACUUUAUCUACAACAAUGGAAAAUAUAGCUCCAGUUGAAGAACCAACUCAGAAAUCAAUACUUAAAGGUAGAUUUGGAGGUCCUGUACAUUUCAGACCAACUCUAAGAAAAUUAAUAGGCAUUCCAGAAAACAAUGGAACGACAACAGAGAAAUUCAUUGAAGCAACGACAGAAAAAAUAGUUGAAAGUACUACCGAGAAAAAAAAUCGUUUAAAUAAAUAUACUAACAGAUUUAUCAGACCAGCUAGUAAUUUUAGUACAGAAAAUAUAAGUACCACUAGUAAAAUAUUUGUAACAUCAACUACUGAAAGCACGUCAGAAUCAAGUACGAGGCAAAUUAAUAGAUUUAGACAAACAACUAGCAGUGCCACAGACAAACAACUACCGUUAACUAGAAAGUUUGUAGCUAGAUACAGACAAAGAACAACAGAGUUACCAGUGAUAAACAAUACUGAAGUACAAGAAGUACAAAGGUCACGAUUUUUUAGAAGCCGUAGACCAAUUUCUUCUACCACAACUACAACAGAAGAAACAAUAACAGAACUAUUAAAUGUUGAAGAAAAUGCAGAUAAUGUUCGUUAUGAAACGACACCAUACACUCCUACUACAAUGCAUGUCCCAACUACAAACGUCGAAGAAAUUUCGACAAACGAUGAGGAAAUAAAAAAAACAACAAUCGAUAGUUUUGAGCCAAUAAAAUACAGUACAACUGAAAUUACAACAAUAAUACAGCCAAUCACUAAUAAAAUAACCAAGUCUUUCAGAGGAUCCGUGCGAGCAAACGACGGAUUUCAGGAUAGUAAUAUUGAUAAAUCACGAUCUCCGUCAUUAGGCAGACAAAAUUCAAGAUUUUUAAAAGAGGAACAAAAAAUAUUAUUUAUUAGAGUUAUGCCUUCGCCAGAUGGACGAUCUCAAAAUGAGUUUACGUCAAAUCCUGUCAAAAAUAUAACUAGAAAUCGGGGUAGAGUCAGAGCAUAUGAUUCUCUAGAACUUAAUACUCUGACCGAUGAGUUGACGAAUGAAGACCGACCAAAUGAGCUGUUCAGAGGAAGUGAAACAAAAUUCAGACCAACAACAACUUCUACCACCACUGAAUCGACAGAAGAGAUUCAAAAAGACAGAAUUCGUCAACGAAUUACAAGACCGGUUCAACGUUCAACGACAACAACAACUACUACCGAGGAAUCACCACCAAGUUCAUCUGCAACAGAAUCAUAUUCGUCAAAAGUAAAUCGAAGGAGAAAAUUUAGGCCCGAAUAUACAACUACUUCAACUUCAAGCUACGAAGAAGAAAUAACUACACAAAAAACUCGAAAUCCUGAACGAAGAUUUAGGAGCCGGACACCAUUAUUGAAAAAUACAAUAACUACAAGUACAACACCAGAAACCUUGGAGGACAGUGAUCGGGAAUUCUUCAGUACGUCGUCACAGCCAUAUUUCGACGAUUCGAGUCUCUUUGCGAAGACCCGAGAUGAUCGUAAAAUUGGUGGAUCAACAGAAGACCUAGCUAAUACAGCUGUAGUUGCCAUACAUACACUCGCUACUGCACCGCCUUCAGAUUACGAAUUUAGGCCUUCAACGCACAGUCCGCAGCAGAGCGUUUUUCGCGAAACCACUCAGAACCGCGAAUAUUUCGAGCCACAAGCACCACAUUCGAUAGACUCGUUCGAUGUCGUCCAGCCAGCUAGACUACCGGAACAGUCACUGAGACAAUCGGCACAACCUCAACUGCCGCCGCCGCCGCCACCGUCCAUCAAGCUGCCCGCGGUCUCAUUCCAGCCGGCACCUUUCCAGCCUUCUCCGUUCCAGGCGGGCCCCUUCCAGCCGGUCCCGUAUCCAGGACUACCGUUCCAAGCAAACAAUGCGUUCGCGCCAGUCGCGAGACAAUCGCCCACGACUGCCCUGCCGCCAGCCACUUCUCGACAAACGUUCAUAUUGCGAAGGGGCCCGUCGAGGACCACGCCGCUUGGAACAGCCGCGACGUCCGCGCCACCGCAGUACUUGAACGACAACACGCAGGAACAGUACGCCGACUAUUCGGAACCGGAACAGGCAUCCGACUCCAGUGAACAGCGGGUGGCCCUCAAGGGCAAGGUCCGGAUACACGGUGACGGGUACAUCGAGUGUUUGGACAUGGGCAGUUUUCCACACCCGUUCUCGUGCCAGAAAUUCAUAUCCUGCGCCAAAACGGAAUACGGAGCGCUGUUCGGAUGGGAGUACACGUGCCCCAAGGGGCUGUCGUUCGACCAAGUGGGUGGCAUUUGCAACUGGUCGUCCGGGCCCGUGUGCAACAACUGAUGUGUGACCUGUUGUACGCGUCGCAAAAGCACGAAGAAAAAUGAAAAGCGCUAACAAUAACAGACAAAACAAAAUUCCUAGUCUCUCUCUGUAUCUGUUGCUCUCUCUAUAUCUAUCUCUCCUUCUCUCCCUCCUUAUCAUUCCAUCCCCUAUAUAUAUCUUCCUUUCUCUCUCCCUCUCACUCUCUCUCUCUCUCUCUCUCUCUCUCUCUAUCUCUCAACGUAUAAUUUUUUUGUUACGUUUAAACGCUGAAUGUUCUUUUCAGGGCCAGUUUUUGAUAGAGAAUCCAACUCGGAUGAAAUUACAUUAAUUUAAUCGGACUGUCGAUAUCAAAAUAGUAUAUAUACCUAAGUAUUGUAAUUUCAUUCGAUUUGUUUUGUAUACAUAUUUUAUAACUACGUAUAUGUUGUAAUAAUUAAAUUUAUAUAUUUUGUAUUUUUACGUAUUUAAGAAUAAAUUGUAAUAAUUAUAAGAUAUUUUGUGUGUA